AGAACGCGAAACAUCCUUGCACCCGCCCUGCCUAAGAGCCGUUAACAUCAAUAUUUGUUACCUAUCAAAAGAAAUUGAUGGGCAUCAAUAGGUCACUAAGCUAUUGCGAGCAACCUGGAAAUGUGUUUAUCAGUAAACAUAUCUACACAUCUCUAUGCAGAUUACAUAGUCUGUAUUUUAAUUCACAUCAGCACGGCACAGUUUAUGCCUUCCGUUAUGAAUUGUUAAUUGCAAAGCAUUUUGGGAAGUUGGUAGGUUGCAGUGUUUUGAACCCCAAGCAACAGCAUUGGGUUUUGGGUUGGUUGUUGUAUAUAACUAAACACGAGAACCAUGUUUGCUGGGAGUUGCUGGCUGUGGGUGGGCUGCAGUCUCUCUAUUCUAAGGGCUGCCUUCAUUCUCUUGAGCUGACUGCAUGAAGCUGCGGAGUCUGUAUACGAAAUAGAAGGGGAAAACGCCAGGAUUCAAAAUGCAGAUUCCUGUCUCCAGAUUCCUAGAAGCUUGAGUUGGCUAGAAAAUGAAGGGAGCUGCAUCUCCGUUUCUUUGCAUUUUCAAUAAAUUGGUCCAGGUGAUGAAUAGAUUCAUAGAUUCUAGGACUGGAAGGGCCCUCGAGAGGUCAUCGAGUCCAGUCCCCUGCCCGCAUGAAGCAGGCACCAAGUUGGUGGCAAUUGCUUCGUUGACAUCAUAGACGGAUGCUGACUCUUGGGGUUUUGGCGGGUGGGGGUGCUACAGAUAUGCUGACUCUACGUGUAGCACUGUUAUGUAGGACACCAGAGUCACCUUUUAUUGCCUGCAACGUGAUGUUUGCUCAACUCGGCAGUAUGAAGUAUACACACCAGCACUCACCUCUGCCUGUUUUAGAAGCAAUAAGUAACGAGCCCUGAAGAGGUUGGGGUUUAAUUGCUGUGAAAAAGCCACUGAAUGAGGUAGCUUUUUGCACAGCUUGUCUGGCUUCCCAGCAACGACGUUCUUUUGCACACAGUGCUGCCUUUUCAUCUCUUGGCGUCGGGGUGGUUUCCUGGCGCAUUCCUACCUGGAAGCAAGAGAGGACUUGCCUGAAUUGGCUUUCUUGGCAGGACGCCACAUGCUCAGGCAAUGGCUCAGUUCCCCAGCCUUGCCUGGACUCUGCCCCCUCUCCCUCUCCUCCACCCCGGCUAGAAUUCUGUCACAGCCUUCCCACCUACUCCUGGGACCUGUCCGGCGCACGCGUCUCCCCUGACUGCUCCCUGAGGCUCUUGGGUCCACUCCCCCGCGACUCUUGGCACACCCCACCCCCUUCCGCAAAGUCACUCCAACCCCAGCUACGCUGUGCGUGCGAAAGUCUCCAGGCCGGGCCUGGGCCUGUUUGCGCCUCCUUGCUGUCUCAGCUGUGUGGAACAGGCAUGUCAUUCGCUGUCCCAGCUGCUGUACAGUGCCAGGCACAGUCCAUAAUGCCUGAAGUCCGAGACCUUUCAGAUGCCUUGCCAGACGUGCCAAUGGAUCCUAUCACAGGCGUUGGGGUGGUUGCAUCUCGGAACCGGGCACCUACAGGUUACGACGUAGUUGCACAAACAGCAGAUGGCUUGGAUGCUGACCUCUGGAAAGAUGGCUUAUUUAAAUCCAAGGUCACAAGAUACCUGUGCUUCACAAGAUCGUUUUCGAAAGAAAAUAGCCAUUUAGGCAAUGUCCUGGUCGACAUGAAACUAAUUGAUAUCAAGGACACGCUUCCUGUGGGCUUCAUCCCCAUCCAGGAGACAGUCGAUACACAAGAAAUAGCUUUCAGAAAGAAGAGGCUCUGCAUCAAAUUCAUCCCUCGAGAUUCUACGGAGGCUGCUAUUUGUGAUAUCCGAAUCCUGGGCAGAUCUAAGCAGGCCCCUCCACAGUACACGUUCAUAGGGGAACUUAACAAUAUGGGUAUUUGGUACCGAAUGGGCAGGGUUCCACGAAACCAUGACUCCUCGCAACCCGGGACACCUUCUUCCCAAGUACCAGCUUCAACACCAGCUCCUAACCUGCCGAGGCACAUAUCUCUGACGCUUCCCGCGAGCUUUCGAGGCAAAAGUAACAACUCCCGACUCGACUUUGAACACCAGCACUCAAAUUUAUAUGCCAUAUCAGGAGAGAUCCCCACACAGAGAUUGGUUGGAGAGCAGCCUGCUUCCAGCUGGGCUCCAGUUCUGUUCCAAACAAUGUGCCUUCUGCGGACUGGCCCCACACUCUCCAAACAGCUGAUCCUUGUGUCAAACACAGCCAUGGAUGGAGUGCCUUUUAUGAUCUCAGAUAAGUUUGCCUGCGCUCCUGAAGGGAUGCAGCAAGUUGAUCUCUUGGGCAUCACAAUCAAAUCCCUGGCAGAAAUCGAAAAGGAGUAUGACUACAGCUUCAGGACAGAGCAAAGUGCUGCUGCCCGGCUGCCCCCCAGCCCCACUAGAUGUCAGCAGAUGCCACAGUCCUGAGGAGCGAGGGAAGGCCGGCUCCCUGGAGACGCGCACAGAUACUACUGAUGGGAGGCGAGCCCUGAUGAGCAGUGUUACUGGAACCCUUCUCGGCAGACAGGACGCUUUUCUAACGACUUGCCUUCCUUCCUGCGCUUUCCCCGAUCAUUCUGUACAUGUUGUUUCUGAGAUUUGGACUCUGUUAACCCUUUCUGCCAGGCGCCCUCACCCCUUAGCCCUGCUGGGGCAGUUUCUGGUCAGGAGUCCCUUAGUUAAAGCUUGACCGAUGACUUCCUCAGUUCUCCCUGCUUUAUGGCACCUGCUGCAGCGUGCUCACUGCAAUACAGAUCUGGAGUGAAAUGCUGCAAGCCAGGGGCCCCAGCUCGCGGGACUCUGGAGAGAUUCCCAGCAAUGAGCCCUGCUAGGAUAGAGCGUUUGGGGAAAUGAGGCUAAAGAUACAGCCAGUUAGUCCACAACUCACAAAAUGCACCAGCUUAAACUGGGAACUGAGGUGCAGCAGGAUAAACUGCCCCAGCUGCCCCUCUCAGUACAGCAGCGUUCUCUGGUUUGUGCAGGGUCAGCGGUCCAGGCCUUUCAAGUCCUUUGAUUUAAGCUAACCCUGAGUAAUGGUAAACCCUUCCUCUGCUUCUCCAAGUCCAGACUACCCAACAGCUCACUUGUGGCCAGGAUACACCUGAGACCUUAAUGGUUUUUGUUACUUUCAGUUCACGUAGCCAGGGUCGCUCGCUCGCUCAGAUCCACUUAGGGCUCUCUCCCAAGUCGCUGGCAAAGUGGAGUAGGGAUCUCAGUGGCACCUCUCCCUGGCCCAAAGAGGCUGCGUGUCCAUUGCCUGGAAGUAGAGGAUCGUGGCAAAUGUUGCGUAGCUCUCUCUGGCCUAUGGAGAGCAAGCCAGCCAGACCUCAGCAAUGCCAUCCUGACUUCUCCCAGCCACCCGAAAGCUUUGCCAUGGCACCUGCCCAUAAAGUGGGCAUUGGAACCUGCCAGUUACUUUGGCAGUUUUCAAACAUUUGCCCCUGCUGGCUGCUAAAAGGAAAGAGAUUUGUGCGCCCUGUCCCUGCACACUGCUGCACUCGGGGAGGGAAAUGCUAAAGCCUGACCAUGUCGGACAAGGCUGAGAGAGUUCCACUGGGCAAGUGUUUGAUGCAUUAAACCCUGACCUCAGCAUGCUUACAAGUGGUGUCCCUGGCUCACUCCUGAGUCAAAUGCAUGUCUUGGUGAAGUCUGUUGCUGUAAUAAGUUCUUUAGAAGCAUUCAUCUGAGCUCUGUGCUGCUUUUCAAGUCUGCUGUGGAACAAAACUACAUUACAGCAGCGAAAUGGCAUUUUUUAAAAGUAAGUGUUGAAGUGUGCAACUUUUUGUAUUGUAAAAGACAGGUUGUCUAACCCUAUUAAAAUGCAAUUGCCACAGUAACAAAUACUGGUAUUGUAGCUCUGGGUUUGGGUUAUUCGGACCCGCUUUGCACUGCUUUUGACUUUCCUGAAUUCUCUAGUCUAACAGAAUGUUGACUAAUAGUAGGUUUUGGUAUUUGUGUAUUUUGUGUAUUUCAUAUUUGUACAUAUGUAAAAUAUUUCUUGUCCAAUGAUCCAUUUCUGGUUUCAAAGCACUGUACCAUGUUUCUGGGGGGAAAUAAGUGCAAAACACCAUAGCAUUCUGGGUAGAACCUGAUUCCAGUUCUCUGCUUUGACUCUCCAGACCAGUCUCUCUUUUACUAACUGCCUCUUAGAGACCAGCUCUGUUGUUGGAAGAAUGGGCGUAUAUGGUUAUAAAAGGGUCAGGUCUGAGCACAAGAUUUAAGGCCUGUAAUAUUUGGCAUCAGCUGGUGUAGGCCUGGGUGACUCCCAGAAGGUGCUCCUUUCCUUUAAGGUUCCAAAGUGGCUUUUAGUUCUUAUUUUCUGCUGCAGGAAAGCAAAGCCAGCCUUUACUGCCAAGCUUUACAGAGGCUAGAUUGAUGGUGCUGACAUCAACCAAUGAACAUAUCACGGAAGCUAGCGCAGUCAGCCUGGUCAUUCUGCUCAGGUUCACUUGAAGUUCAAAUUCACUCCACACUGCAGUCGUUUGUCCAUCCCAUCCAUCUCUUGUGUUUCCUACCUUUCAGCUGUCUGUAACUUGUCCUGUAGUUCAUUGUCGAUCAAUUUGUCGCUCCCUCCUUGGCUGAGGGCAGCUUUGUGGAUGUAUCGGGGUAGGUGUGUUAAUCUGUAUCCACAAAAACAAGGAGUCCGGUGACACCUUAAAGACUAACAGAUUUAUUUGGGCAUAAGCUUUUGUGGGUAAAAAGCUUCACUUCUUGAGAUGCAAUGCAGUGGGUUUUUUACCCACAAAAGCUUAUGCCCAAAUAAAUCUGUUAGUCUUUAAGAUGCCACCGGACUCCUCGUUGUUUUUGUGGAUGUAGUAACAGGCAGGUCAAGGUUUUCUGCAACGUCGGUCCUAGCGUAAGGAUGAUAGUUAGUGUCACAGAGCUGCCCCUCCCCACACACUGAAGCUGGAGAUUUGGGAGCUUCCGAUUUAACAGCAGAAUAGCUAGUGCAUGGUCCAGAGUUCUGCCAAUGAAGGUGGAGUGUCUCCUAUGGGAGCUGUCGUCCCAAUGGACAGCUUCUCCUCAUUCCAGGGGAGGCCAGACCCAGCUGCUCCAUUGUAGACACAUUUCAGUGGACAGCAUAGGCUGCUGAGAACAGGCCAAUGGCCCUGUUGGUUGGGUACCCCUGCUCUAAAUCAGAGCUAAGCCAAUAUCUGUGGUUAUCAAACACCGAUCGAUACUUGGGGCCACAGAGCGUUUUCUUGGCACCCUUAGGAAUUUCUGUCAGCGGCUGCAGCAUUCGGUUCAGCAGACUGAGCUGUGGAAACCACCUCGCUUUGGUGACUGAAAUGUCGGGACUGCUUUUUAAAGCCCAUCUGGAGCUUUGCCAACCUAUUUGUGGGAGUAGCUUAGAGUGCAUCCGUAGCUCUCAGGAACUAGAGUCAAUGCUAUAAACUGCUUAGCAACAGUGACAGUGCAUUUCUCCUCAGCGUCUUCUGAGAGACGAGACACACACAACACAUGCCGAACUCUGGAUCGCUCCAGGUGUUGACAGGGUGUCCAACUGGGACAAGGAUUUGUUCAAUGGAGGCUGCCUCCUCCCCUCCCUCUCCCAGCCCUGGCAGAGCUGUUUCAAAGCUGUUUCUCUGCAAAGAAAGGCUGAAAAUAAACAUUUGACCUUCACAUUUGUGCUUGUGCAGUUUGCCAGUGACACGUCAGAGAUUUUCCGUGCCACAGGCUUGGCCGGCACAGCUGCAGACCUGCACAAGAGUGUAGGGCAAAUGGAGUUUGUUGGGUCAGGUCCAUGGACGGUUGGUCAGAACCUCUCGUGCACUCUCAGACCUGCUCGAAUGGCUGUGAGUAUUUUCUUAGACAAGAGGGCUCGGAGUGCAAUGCAGGAAGGAGUAUAAGCAGAUUGACAAUGGUGCAAGUGAUUUCCUUUGGAACUCAUUAGCUAUGGGGUGCUUCCCCCUUCUGUCUCUGCAGGCAUCACAUCAGUCUUUCAAUAGGCAGGUUUUAAUUACUGAACAGUAAUUUUCUUAUUCAAAAUAACUCCAUGCAGGGCUGGCCCUGGUUCCUAGUGAUUACUGCUCUCCACUGGCAAGUGGAUUUCCGAUUACGUGUCUUACUCCCCACACAAGGUGUGAGUUCUCCAGCGUUGGCCCGGGCAGUCCCAGAGGCGGGAGUGUGUCCACUGCUCUGCACUGAACCCUGAGAUUGAGAUAGGAGUGGCUGCAGGGGGGUCAUGACCAGGCCUCCUGGACAGAAGGUGUGGUGGUGAGUGGAUGUAAAACAGAAGGGCUGGUUCCUCCUACCAGUAAUGAGUGUGUCUUGGUCAGCCCACGUCUAUCCCCAGAGCAAGCUAAGCAGUGUGCAGCUUCCACUUGGAAGAAGAAGAAAUUACUUUGCCAAGUAAUCAUGAAAUCUCCUGACACUGCUGAGGAGACAGUGCUGGGAAAGUGGGAGUUUGCUUGCAGUCAGAUGAAUUAUUAACAAUGAUGCACUGCCCUGGGAUUUCCCAGGGUGAUGUUCCCCUAGCAAAGGGCAGAACUGCAGUAAUGUAUGCGGCUAGCUCCUGGGCCAGCCAGGUAACUAGAUUGUGAAAUCCCAUGUAGUAGUAAUAGAGAGGGAAGGAUUUAUUCCCAGAGUGAUGUAGCCUGUGAACAUUGUGAUAAAUGCCAGUGUGGUUAAUUAGCUGAUACAUUCCCUCAUCACAUAGCCAUAUUCAUGUGGGAUGAGACUGCUCCUAACCCUCCUUCCAUUGCUGCGUCCCUUGCCAGGAGUUCGCUCUGAGUAGGUGCUUUGCAGGGACAGUCCAUUGUGACCCCGCUGUGCUAGUUAGAGAUCAGUAUUCUGUGGUGCUGAGUUUAUUUGGGUUUUUCACCAGUCUUCUAAUUUCUCAAAACCAAAACUGUCAAAGACAGAAGAGGCUGAGCUGGUCUCAGUGGACUCGGGCACAGCACUUCACAGUUUGUAGGCUUGUUGGCGGAGCCUCGGAGAUCCCAUGAUCCGUCCCCACCCCUGUAUCUCCAAAGGGGUGUGUAGCCUGAGAGAGGUAGGAUUGGGUGUGGCUGGCAAAAGCCAUUUCUCAGCCACUCUCCCCCAAGCAACCUUUGUCUUUCUCUGCCCUUCCUCCCCUCUGCCCCACGCUCCCCUCACCUUUCCUUUCUUCCCAGGCCUCACCUGGCUGCACCUUCACGCUCCACUUUUUGUGAAUUAAAUUUCUGUACAAAUUGCUUAAGGAACUGGAUGUUCUGCUGAUCCCGUGCUGUGGCCUGGUUUGUCCAUCCCAGAUCUCUGCUCGCCUCGGUGCUGGGGCAUGCUUCUCACCAGCAUUCGGCGGCAAGGUCCUGACUGGCGGGCUCAGCUUGGGCCGGGGUAGCCAUCUUGCUGGAAAGUGACAUCAUGGAUGGGAGCUGGAGACAGAGAUGGCUUAGAGCUGAGCUCCAAGCUGCUCUACUGUGGGGUUAAACCACCUGAAGAACAACAGUGAGGUUUGGUAUUUAAAAUGUUUUUUUUUAUAACUUCAAAGCCAUUGUUGAAUCUAAUAGAACUGGAUUUGUGGCCCCUUUCCCUGAGCUCCCAAGAGCUGAGUGCAAACAGCUCCAUAAGAUGGCUGCCUCCUGCACUAGGCUUUACCCCUUUAAACAAAAUGGGCAAUUGCCUUGGAGUGAGAGGAGCUUUGCUGGUGGAGUCUCACCCCAUGGAGCUGAGCAGAAUAACUCCAGCUUUCCACGGGAGGAGACAGGCCUUGUCCCUGACACUGACUCCUCCAGGAUUUAUGGUCCCCAUUGUGAGUUUCACAUCAUGCAUAUAGGGAAGAAUCAACCCUGUGCUGAGGGUCAGCAGUAGGCCGACAUGUCCUCCAAAUAGCUUACGUGGGACAUAAGUGGUGCCUAAGUCUUCUCAGGAUCCUCUGCAUAGGGCUGACUUCCUCCCAUCGCAGAGGGUGUGUUCGUAUCAUUGCAUUAACUAUUACCUCAGCCUUUGAGCCUUGAAGAACCACUUUAAGGUAAAGCUCUCUCUGUGGCAAUGAAGAGAGAGGAUAACAGGACACACUUCAACACUGGUAAUUCUGAGCCAUAAAAGUCGGACACGGUUGUCAAUAGGGGAAGUGCGGCGCUGCUCGAUUUCGUCUGUUCAUUUGGUACAGGGAAACCAAACUGGUUGAAUCUUUCUGGGUUGUUUGUUGUGAAACGAAUUCCUAACAGCAACAGUUUUAACUGUUGUGUCAUAGAAAUGGAAAAGAAAAACCUUUUAUGCAGUUGUGAAAUGUUUUUAAGAUGCUGCAUUUUUGUUGGGCUAUUGGAAGUGAAUUUACUAUGUAUUAACCUGAUGAAUGUUCUGACUUUUUAUAUUUAUUUUAGAUCACCCUCCUGUAUUUUACAAAGGGAAGUUUCAUUGUGUGAUAACGUCGUCUGUAUUCUUAAUAUAAUUUGCUAAAUAAAAGUUUGUUUUAACUGG